AUGGUUCUCUCCGAGUAUACCUAUGUCUUCGUCAUCGGCACCUUUUUUGCUAUGCUCGAUGCAUACAACAAUGGUGCCAACGAUGUCGCCAACGCCUGGGCCACCUCCGUCUCCUCGCGCUCCAUCUCCUACCGUUGGGCCAUGGUCCUCGCCACCGUCUUCGAAAUGCUCGGCGCCAUCACCGUCGGAGCCCGUACCGCCGACACCAUCAAGAACAAGAUCAUUCCUCCGGAUGCCUUCCAGGACAACGCUGGCGUGCAGAUGCUCGGCUUCACCUGUGCGCUCGCCGGUGCCUCCCUCUGGGUCAUGUGGUGCACCAAGCACUCCGCCCACGUCUCCUCCACCUACUCGCUGAUCUCCUCCGUCGCCGGUGUCGGUGUCGCCGUCGCGGGUGCGGGCCAGGUCGAAUGGGGAUGGAACGGCGGCAAGGGUCUCGGCGCCAUCUUUGCGGGUCUCGGCAUGGCUCCUGCCAUCUCCGCAGGCUUCGGCGCCACCAUCUUCAUGCUCAUCAAGCUGGUCGUGCACAUCCGCAAGAACCCCGUCAAGUGGUCCGUCUUCACCAGCCCCUUCUUCUUCCUCAUCGCCGGCACCGUCUGCACCCUAUCCAUCGUCUACAAGGGCUCCCCCAACCUCAAGCUCAACGACCGCCCAUCCUGGUUCAUCGCCUCCGUCACCAUGGGUACCGGUGUCGGCCUCGCCGUCCUCGCCGCCCUCUUCUUCGUCCCAUACGUCUACCGCGCCGUCAUCCUCAAGGACCCCGAAAUCCGCUGGUACCACGUCGUCUACGGACCUCUCCUCUUCACCCGCCCAGUGCCUGAGAACACCGAUGGCGUCGCCCGCAUCCGCAACUACGCCGUCGUCCAGCACGACAAGGACGAUGAAGAUGAGAUCACCUCCGCCGAGACUGCCGUCAACUCCAACGAGUUCACUGGUGAUGAGAAGCGCAUGGCUCAGGUCGACCUCAGCCAGGUCGAAGCCUCCCAAGUGCAAGCCACCUACAAGGAACUCCAACGUCAAGGCCGCGAAAAGUUCCACGCCAAGCUCCGCAAGGGCAAGGGUCCUCUCGCCUGGGCCAUGCGCUACCUCCACGAGAACCCCCUCGGCGCCGGCGAGAUCUACGAAUUCAAGAACAUGAAGAUCGCCCUCAUGCGCAUCCCCGCCAUGGUCACUGUCGCCCUCCUCUACGGCGCCCACUACGACAUCCACUCCGCCCAGUCCGGUAUCGAGGGCACUCCCGAAGGUGUCCGCAUGGCUCGCGUCUAUGGCCACGCCGAGAAGUACAGCAACGAGGUUGAGCACUCCUACUCCUUCGUCCAGGUCAUCACCGCCUGCACCGCCUCCUUCGCCCACGGCGCCAACGACAUCGGAAACGCCGUCGGUCCUUGGGCGGUCAUCUACACCGCCUGGAAGACUGGUGAAGCCGCCGGCUCCAAGGCUCCCGUCCCCAUCUGGCAACUCGCGGUCCUGUCCGCCGUCAUCUCGCUCGGUCUCAUCACCUACGGCUACAACAUCAUGAAGGUCAUGGGCAACAAGAUCACCUACCACUCUCCAUCCAGAGGCUGCUCAAUGGAAAUGGGCGCCGCCAUCACCGUGCUCCUCUUCUCCCAAUUCUCCCUCCCCGUCUCCACCUCCAUGUGCAUCACCGGCGCCACCGUCGGCGUGGGUCUCUGCAACGGCACCUGGAAAGCCGUCAACUUCCAGCGAGUCGGCCUCCUCGUCUUCUCCUGGAUCAUGACCAUCCCCAUCGCCGGUACCCUCGGUGGUGUGCUCAUGGGCAUUGUGCUCAAUGCGCCGCACUUUGGUUCGUGA